AUGGCAGCAACACUAGCCUCGCUGCUGGGCCAAGCGUCCAUCACCGACCACGACCAGGUCCUCAGCGCAUGCGAAUCCACCCUUCUCAAAUCCAAGAACGACCUCCAAGCACUACAAGUCAAGAUUGUCGCUCUAUUGAACCUGGACCGCUUUCAAGAUGCCAUUGCUACCGUUGAGGCUGGUGGAGAGGAGAUUAAGCAGAGAGCGCGAUUGGAAUAUGCUUAUGCGCUGUACAAGAAUGGUCAACCCGCAAAGGCCGCAGAGGUCGCAAGACAGGACAGCAAUGAGUCGGACAGAGGAUUGAGACACGUUGAAGCCCAGGCUAGCUACAGACACCAGGACUUUGAGCGGGCAGCCGAGCUAUACCGCAAGCUUUCGGCACAAAGAGGAGCAGUCGACAAUGAAGACAUGGAUCUACGCAUCAACACUGGCGCCACGUAUGCGCAACUGGAAUGGGCUGGUCGUGCAUCGGCAGACGCGCCGCAGAAGCCUGCGAGAGAGGACAUGGAGGCUUUCGAGACUGCCUACAACGCUGCUUGCCAGAGCAUUGCGCGUGACGAGCUGGGACAGGCAGAGGUCUUGUUGAGAAGAGCAAAGGAACUGUGCGAAGCCUCGGAGAUGGAUCAGGAAGAGAAGGACGCCGAAAUUGUGCCCAUUUCCAUCCAGCAGCUCUAUGUCUUGAUUCGUCAAGGCAGGCUAGAGGAUGCACAGGCUCUUGCUGCCACCAUUGACUCCAAGGAGUAUGCGCCUCUUAUGCAUGAGUCUAUGACCAAAGGACUAAUUUGUUGUGCAGUGNUUCACGCCUUCCACGAUUCGUCCACUCAGUUCAUUGCUCAGACAAACACAGCGGCCACUUCAACAGAAACUACCAACCCCUACCUCACCCACCGCACCCUGUACAAGGCCCCUUCAACCAUCCUCCCCGACAAGCCUUUCACCUACCAAAGCGCCGCCAUCCAACGAAACAACUACACUCUCGACCUGCUCGCCCACAAAUACGACGGCAUCAUCAGAUCAACUGCAUCUCUCGCUCAAACACCCACCCUCGACUCUGCCACCGUAUCUCUGUCUGCCUUUGGUGCCGCCGCCCAUGCUCAUAAUCAAGCCGGAAAGGAAGCCCUGAAGUCUGUUCUACCAGUCUUGGAACGCAGACCCAACGAUAUCGGUCUGCUUCUCGUAUGCAUGCAACUCUACAUCCACUCUUCCAACCCCGCCGCCGCAAUUUCCUUGCUCGAGAACUUCUUUGCUCGCUUGUCUUCGUCUUCAGAAGCUUCUGCGCAAGAUGUGCGUUAUGCCCCUGGUUUGAUCGGUGUUUUGGUUUCCCUCUACACUUCCCGUGGUCAGCAAAGCCAUGCCCGGGCAGAAUUGGCUAAGGCAGCAAGCUACUGGCGUCAACAUUCCGACCCACCCGUUUCGUCACGAGCGCUGGGUCAUCUGUACAAAUCCGCCGGUGCUGCUUUGCUUGAGAGUUCUGUACCUGCUGACCAGCAACUCGCUGCCGAGCUGUUUACUCUCUUGCACGAGCAGGAUACUUCAGAUCGCUAUGCGUCCGCUGGUCUAGUAGCUGCUCUUGCCCGCGCAAACCCUUCUGCCAUCGAUGAGGAAAAGCUGUCGGCUUUGACACCCGUCGACCGCCUCGUCAGCGGCAUCGACAUCUCCGCCCUCGAAGCCGCCGGCGUAGCAAAAUCCACCNCCUACCACUGCUACCACAAAACGCCAAAGGACUUUGACCCUGCCAAAAAGAUGGAUCCAGAGAGAUGGUUGCCUAUCAAGGAUAGAAGUUCUUACAGGCCUAAGGGCAAAAAGGGCAAAGCUAGACAGGCAAUGUUUAUGCAGGGAGGAGCUGUGGCUGAGGAUAGUGGUGCUGGCUCUGGAGCUUCGACGCCUGCUGCUCAAGUUGUAGAAGGCAAAAGCGCGAAUAAGAAAAGCAAGAAGAAGGGCAAGGGAGGGAAGUGGUAG